AACAGCUGACUCGUGCGCAGUGCAUAUUUUAUUCGAAUAGGGUUUAUUUAGGAAAUAAUAAAUAAGCUGAAACUAUGGCGUUAAGAAACUCGGUUUUAAAGUUAGCUAAACUAGGACGAUCAAGCAGUCACAUACGACUACGAUUGCUAAGUACUCAAACGUCUGAAAAAGUCAACGAAAGCGAAAAAUCGAAACAGACUCAUUUCGGCUUCGAAACAGUCGAUGAGAAAGAGAAGUGGAAAAAAGUACACAAUGUAUUUGAGACGGUGGCAGAGAAGUAUGAUGUAAUGAAUGAUGCCAUGUCGCUGGGCAUCCACCGCCUGUGGAAGGAUAUCUUCAUGCAGCGGCUGGCGCCCACACACGGGACCAAGCUGCUAGAUGUUGCUGGUGGGACAGGGGACAUUACAUUCCGGUAUAUAAACUAUCUGAAGAACCUGGGUCCUGCACCAGAGGGCAGACGGAGUGCCGUCACUGUCUGCGAUAUCAACCAAGCAAUGCUCGAUGUGGGCAAACUCAGGGCACAAAAACAGGGUUACACUGCGGAGUCAUGCGGAGUGGACAUUGACUGGGUGUGCGGAGAUGCAGAAAAGUUACCACACGCUGACGACAGCUACACCGCUUACACCAUCGCCUUCGGCAUCCGCAACUGCACACAUAUUGAUAAGGUGCUAGAAGAGGCGUAUCGCGUGCUGGCGCCCGGCGGCCGCUUCAUGUGUCUCGAGUUCAGCCAUCUGCCCAACGAGACUUUACAGUGGGCGUAUGAUCAAUACUCGUUCCAAGUGAUCCCAGUGCUGGGGCAGCUGAUUGCGGGCCAGUGGAAGCCCUACCAGUAUCUAGUCGAGAGCAUCCGCCAGUUCCCUAAUCAGGAUAAGUUCAAGUCCAUGAUCGAAGAUGCAGGCUUCAGGCAGGUCACCUACGAGAACCUCACCUUCGGCGUCACCGCUAUACAUUCGGGAUUCAAGAUCUAACAAGGGAACUUAUUUGACCCUUGAACGGCAUGAAAGAAGAUCAAGAUACGGUUUAAUUUGAGACACCCAAACCACUUCCUUACAUGACCAUACUGUCUAUAUCUAGUCUAUUGUAUUGAUAUAGGUAAUAUUCAAAUUAUUUAUUAUUUCAUCAGGACCUUAGGUGUAAGUGUAAAUAAGUGCAUUUUUGAUAUGUCCAUAUAUCAUGGACAUUAUGAAGCUGCGGCGGUAGAUAUUUAGAACGGAAGAGGACUGACGUUUCCGUUGUAUGGUAUUCACGUUACAAUUUUUGUCAAUAAAGUAAGCUACCUACCUA